AUGGCCAGCAGAUUUCGUUUGUCCUUCCUGCCUCCCUCCCUGUUUCUCCUCUUACUGCCUGCACUGUUGCUCCUCCGCUUGCCUGGCAUGGUGAAAGGGGAUUGCUGGCUGAUAGAGGGGGAUAAAGGCUACGUUUGGCUGGCUAUCUGCAGUCAGAACCAGCCUCCAUAUGAGACCAUCCCCCAGCACAUCAACAGCACGGUUCAUGACCUGAGGCUGAACGAGAACAAACUUAAGGCUGUGCUAUUUAUCUCCAUGUAUCGCUUCACAAACCUUACUGACCUCAAUCUAACCAAGAAUGAGAUCAGCUACAUCGAAGACGGGGCCUUUGCUGGACAGGCCAACCUACAGGUUCUCCAACUGGGCUACAACAAGCUAACCAAUCUGACUGAGGGCAUGUUGAGAGGUCUGGGUCGAAUGCAGUGCCUCUUCUUGCAACACAACCUUAUUGAGGUCAUUGCCAACAAUGCCUUCUGGGAGUGCCCCAGCCUCAGCAGCCUGGACUUAUCUUCCAAUAAGUUGGCACGUCUUGACCCAUCUACCUUCACUGUCCUCAACAGGCUGAUGGUGUGUGAACUAGCAGGAAACCCAUUCCACUGUGGCUGUGAACUCUACAGCUUUCUCUCCUGGCUGGAAGCAUUUAACAAUGUCACCCACACCUAUGACCGCCUCCAGUGUGAAACACCUCCAGAAAUGAAUGGUUAUCCACUCCUGAGUCCGGUGCCCGGACAUGGAAGAAAUGCCCUCUACAAGCUUGUAUCCAAGUGUCACGAAGGUGCGAUAGGGAUGACCUCCCAGAUACCAGAUCAAGAUGGCUCAGGGAUGGGUUUGGACAACCCAGACCAAGGUCUUUACCACCAGCCAACCAUAUCGUCCACUGCUGACCCCACCUACAGCCAUCAGAUUUCUAUGAGGCUUCAGACUGUCUCCCCCUACACUGCUUCAUUAUUGGUUCAAAUCGCACAACCAUACAGUAAGAUGUACAUACUCUCCCAGUACAACCUCACUUUUGUUGCAGAUAUAAUGCCCCUUAAAAACAAGAAGGAGAUAAUUCCUUUGGACAAGCUGAAACCGCACACCAACUACACCUUUUGUGUGGCUUCUAUGAGCAAAUCUCAGCGCUACAACCACACCUGUCUCUCCUUUACUACACGAGCUAUGGGGCCAGAGGACCAGCGAACCAAUCAAUCCACGACUACCCACUACAUCAUGACCAUCCUGGGAUGUCUGUUUGGCAUGGUCAUUGUGCUUGGAUUUGUCUAUUACUGUCUCCGACGGCGACGUAUCCAGGAAGAGAAGGAGAAAGCUAUAAGCGUGAAGAAAACUAUUUUGGAAAUGAGGUAUGGCCCUGAGGUAGCUGCGGCAGUGACCAAUGACCCAGGUGCCAUGCAGCGUCUCCAGGAACAGGCUCACCACCAGCACCAUCAUUCAGGAGGGUCAGGAGGCAAGCUGCCCCAGUCUGCCUCCUCUAGCACAGGCAUGCUCCAUGGCUCAGGCAACACCAGUUCUUCCCGCCUCUCUACCUUGCCGCAGGUGGAAAAAAUGGCCACUGCCUUCUCUGAGGCAAUGGGUGGCAAGGGCAACUACAUGGAUGUGAGGACAGCGGGAGUGGCAGGGGAAGGCAGGGAGGGAGGGGUGGCAACUGGAGGAGUAGGGGUUGGAGGGGAAGUAGUUGUGGAUAUGCGAGGUGGGGCUGAGAAUGGGACAGAGGCUGGGGAGGAUUCGGACGACGAUGGCCGUGGCUCAGCAUCAGAGAUCUCCACCAUCGCCAAAGAGGUGGACAAGGUGAACCAGAUCAUCAACAACUGCAUUGAUGCCCUGAAGCUUGAUGCCUCUGCUAAUGUUGUGACCACGGCCGACAAUGCUAACUCUGUGUCCUCAUCCCAGCCUCCAGCUUGCAUUGCUUCCCUCCCCCGCAACCUCCUGCCCCUCUCGCCAGGCCACCCUGGAGAUCAGAUCAUGGCCUCCUCUCCAAAGGUGCAUCCAAAGUCUCACCCCCAGCCUCAUCCUCAAUCACAUCCUCAACCACAUCCUCAGCCACAUCCUCAGUUGCAUCAACAGCCUCAUCCCCCUUCUAUGGCCCCAGUGCCCCUGGUCAUGCCGCUGUCUGAGCGACCGGGUAUCAGCGGUGGGGGGUUCCUCUCCCCUCCUUAUCGUGACCCACCCCCAGCCAAUGCAGUGAGGCCCCUUCAAAGGCAGUUGAGCGCUGACACUGCUGUAGUGAAGAACCGUUGUGGUGCCCCUGCUGCAGGAUCUGUGAAGAGCACUAGGGUAUUCAGUGUGGAUAUCCCUGAGCAGCGUAGUGAUCCUCCCAAGUACCCAACAGAAAAGGGCAGCCCUGUGGGUUGUGGUGGAGGGGCUGUAAGUGGAGGAGGUGGCGGGGUAGGGGGCUGCAACGGGAAUGGGAUGGGCAACAUAAAUGGUGACGGGGUGAGCGUGAAUGGGGGUGGGAUGGUGUGUAAUAAUGGGGGUGGAGGUGGGAUGGUUGGCCCUGGACAGCAGCAGCACCACUUGGAGGUUCAACCAGACUACCAUAGCUCCGAGCACCGCCACUCCUUUCCUGCACUCUACUAUGAGGGCGGCAACGACUCACCCUCACCAGCCCAAAAGGCCUCAUUCCUCAAGCCACUGGGGCGCGCUAAGAGGGAUGCAACAGCGACCUACUCCCAGCUCUCACCUUCUCGUCACCACAACUACAACUCUGGUUACUCCUCCAGUCCCGAGUAUUCAUCUGAGAGCACACUGCGGAUCUGGGAGCGGUUCCGGCCUUACAAGAAAAGCCCCAGAGAGGAAGCAUCCUAUAUAGCGGCAGGUCAUGCCCUGCGUAAGAAGGUGCAGUUUGCCAAGGACGAGGACCUUCACGAUAUUUUGGACUACUGGAAGGGGGUUUCUGCCCAGCAGAAGCUGUGA